AUGGUCUAUCGUGACAAUAAGGACUGUGGGUCUCGGCUUACAUUUGGCGUGGAACUUGAAUUCACAGUAGCCUUUCUCCCAGAAUCCAUAGCAGACCCGCACCCGGAUGGCGAGAAGCGUAGCAUCGAGAUUGGAAAGCCACUGAAGGACUUUGUUGCGCUUCCCAGACCGCCACCAGGCGGUAAAGUUCAACCAUCCAGAGAGCAACGCUACCAACUUCGAGAUUGGGAACCGGAUAGGGAUUAUAAUGAGCGGGACGAUCCGUCACUCGACCUCAUGAAUUAUUCUAAGGAGGGUCCCCAUAUUCGUCAUCGCAUCGCCAAGUUUCUUCGAGAGAACGGUAUCCCCGCGAUUAGCGACUCGGCAGACGAUGAGACGGAGAAGGAAUUACAGGAUCAUUGGCGAAACAAUGCCGAUCGCUUAGGCUUUACUAAUAAGGAUGAUCUGCCUUCUACCUGGGAGGAAUCAACAAUUUGGGUGGUUGACACAGACACCAGCGUUGGAGAGAGUAUUAAUGAGGAGUACGAUUGGAGCCCCGUGGAGAUUAAAAGUCCGAUCCUCUAUUACGACGACUGUUCGGUAGAUCUCGUCAAGCAUAUUGUCAACCUGCUGGUUUCCGAAUUUCGAAUUGUCAUGAAUAACACCGCAAUGCUCCACGUCCAUGUUGGACGGGGAAGCAAAGGAUAUUCAUUGAAUAACCUACGAAUGAUAGCAUCUCUACUCUACGCGGCAGCCCCUCGGAUCGACCAACUUCUACCCGUCUUUUGCGGGCCUUUGACAGAAUGGGCACCCGGGAUCCGAACGCAUAGCCUGAUGACGAACCUGGAUGAAGAGGACGCCAUGAAGGCACUCAAAUAUCAGAGGGAGCCUCUGCCAGGUGACGCAUUCAUGACUCAACCCGCAAAGGCAGACUGGAACGACCUGUCUGUUAGCCUAGAUCCGUACCAUACCGACCCGUCUCCUUGGCAUAUGCCAAACCAUCCUCUUCUCAGGCAGUGGAAGGGCCACCAGCGCGCAGCAGUAUUCGGAGUGAAUAGGAUUUGGCAGGCAUCGGAUAAAGAAGAGUUGUAUGCGAAUGUUGGUAUGGUAUAUCAAGAUCCGUACAGUUUCCUUAGGCCUUACCGAGGCUCUUACAAUUUCGACAACUGCUUGUUGCCGGAUAUGAAAAAGGGUACGGUGGAGUUUAGACAACAUCCGGGAACGAUGUCAGCCACCGCGAUCGAGCAUUGGAUCCAAGUCACUGCAGGGAUCGUGAACUUCUGCGUCCAUGCCGACUUCCUGGACGUGAUCGCUCCUGUCCUGAGGCAACUCGAACAGCCGGAUCCGAACUCUGAAAAGUCUUUUCUUAUGAAUGAGCCUCUUGCGAAGGAGAAAAAGAUCAACGUCACAAACACCCUGCACGCCAUGGAGGACGAUGGCUAUUCCGUAUACGACUUUCUGUGGGCUAUUGGUUUGGGGGCUCAGGCCGAAUGGUACGAGCAACAGGGUCUUCACCCCAUGCCGCCAGACUUUGUCAGGAUCCCAGGCAACAAUUCCAAAUCCGUGAGGAUCCCAGAGAACGUACGCGUGAAUGGAGGCUUUGAAGGAUCUGGUGCUUCGCCAUCACCUGAGGCGGGUUCACCAGAGGCAUUCGACAAUAAGAGAAAGACAUAG